UCUCGUUGUUUCUCCUGAUGGACAUCUGGUGCUUGUGGCCAGGAGGGUGAGGCAGAGAGGAGAGGCCCUGUGGUGGGCGGCGGCGUCCUCCAGAGGUUCUCCAGCAGCGGGGGAUGGUGGGGGACGCCUGGGACAGGAGUGGGAAGAAGAGAAAAGAGAAGCGAGAGGGAGAACCAGAAGGUGUGCUGGCGCUGCUUGUCUCAAGGGGCAUCUAGGCUGAAAGUACUUCCCUUCCCGCAGCAUUCCUCGUCUGUAAGAUCCGUUCGUUUUCGGAAACGAAGAAAAGGCAUCUAGUUUUGUUGGAAGAAAGAUUUUGAGUUCUGCAAGGCACUGUACUUUUACAGAUUUAUAUGGAUCUUCUUUGAAUGGAUUAAAGCAUUCAUUAUUCUUUGGUCAAUAUAGCGAUUACCUUUGGGAGAGUAAUGACAAAGGGGGCACAAGAGAAUCUAUCUGGUCUGAUAGUCAUCUUUUCUUGAUCAGAUUAUACAGAAUUCAAUUAUAAUGGGGAACAUUUUUGAAAAGCUUUAUAAAAGUCUGCUUGGGAAAAAAGAGAUGCGUAUUCUUAUGUUGGGUUUGGAUGGAGUUGGAAAAACCACUAUCUUGUAUAAACUGAAGCUGGGAAAGAUUAUAGCUGCCAUUCCUACAAUAGGUUUCAAUGUGGAGACGGUACAAUAUAAAGAUAUCAGCCUCACGGUCUGGGAUGUUGCUAGCCAUUGCAAAGUAAGACCUUUGUGGCGACAUUAUUUCCAGGAAACAAAUGGUGUGAUUUUUGUGGUUGACAGUAGUGAUAGAGAGCGGGUUGGUGAGGCCCAGGAAGAACUACUCAGAUUGUUAGUGGAAGAUGAACUCAGAGAGGCAGUUUUGUUGGUGCUUGCAAAUAAACAGGAUCUUCCCAACGCUAUGAAGGUAGCAGAGAUAACAGACAAGUUGGGCCUACGUUCCUUCCACUACAGAAACUGGCACAUUCAGGCUACAUGUGCCAUCAGCGGAGACGGGCUUUAUGAAGGCCUGGACUGGUUCUCCAACCAGCUUGCAAACCAGAAGUGAUCAGAAGCGACCCAUUCCCUGUGCAUUGUGGGAAAAUCAUCUGGCCUCUUUUCUGGUGCAUGUGCGCAUGCAAGGAGCCAUGUGUGCUGUGUGGCUGAGGCUGGGGAGGGAGCUCUCUCAUGCUGUGCCUUAUCUACUCUGUAAGAAAACAUUAUUAUAUUUUGGCCGGGCACGGUGGAUCACACUUGUCAUCCUAGCAGUCUCAGAGGCUGAAGCGGAUGAAUUGCCUCAGCUCACAGGUUUGAGACCAGCCUGAGCAAGAGAAAGACCCCAUCUCUAAAAAUAGCCAGGUGUAGUGAUGGGUACCCGUAGUCCCAGCUACUCCAGAGGCUUAAGCAAAAGGAUCUCUUGAGCCGAAGACUUUGAGGUUGCUGUGAGCUAUGAUGCCAUAGCACUCUUCUGAGGGCAACAAAGUGAAAUUUUAUUUCAAAAAAAAGAAGAAAACCAUUAUUAUACUUGAAGAAAACUGAUAUUAGAACGCUACUUUCCAUCACAAGAAUGGAAAAGCAAGUGUCCAAUGUACCCAAUUCUAAUAUGAAACCAGUAUAUGAACGAAUACAUGCCCACACAAAAGAAAAGCACAAUUAAGCUCAAGUGGGGGAAGAGGGGAGGGGGCAGAGGGAGGGUAUUGGUAUGCUCUCACCUAACAGGCACAAUGUAAGGGUGUGUGGCACACCUCCUUGGGGAGGGGCACAACUCAAAUGGGACUUUACCUAACAUAUAUAAACAACGUAAUCUAAUUGUCUAUACUCCCAUUGUUAAUCUGAAAAUUUUUUAAAAAGAAUGCUACUUUCCAUUUUAAUGGCUUUGAUGGUCCUUUUUCCAGUUGAUGAAGGACUCCAGAGGGCUUACUGGUACACAGAGCUAAAGGGUGAAACUCUGUCUCAAAAUUAAAAAAGAAAAAGAAAAACAUUAAUGGACUCCACAGUGGAGAGAGGGAGACUGGACUGGGUCCAGUUGCUGUAAGUUCUGGUGCCUCUGCUUACCUGGAGUCCUGUUAGUCUCUGGUGUCCUUCUAUAAAAAGGAAGGGAUUAUUGUUCUUUUCCAUCACUGUCAGAGCUAGAAGUUCACUUUCCAGUGCUUUAAAGCAAAUGAUCCUCAGGAAAGAAAAGGCACUCACUUACUGCAAGUGAGAAGAGGUUCAGAUUGGAAUUUUUCCUUAACUUAUCAUUUAGCCCAGACUUCUUGGUUUAACAUUCUUUAUUUAAAGAAAUCAGUGAUCUUUUUCAUUAGAGUAUCAAGACUUCAUAACACUGGGAAAAUAUCCAAUCCUUUCCUUAUACUAGUUCCUUAUUUGACAAAUGAGACUUUGGGAGAUACUAUCUCAGCUUGAGGCUGUGAGGCUCUUGCCCAGAGCCCCACAGACCAGCAAAGGGUGGAGAGUGUGUUCUGACAUCACCAUCUCAGGCCUCAGGCUCCCAUAACCCCCAUUCUGUGCUGAAUGUUCUACCUGUGAGGCAGGAGGCUUGCUCCUGGGAUGGAGUCAUCCCAGUAUAGUUAUCUUAGUCCAAAUGAAGGGUUUGGCUAGUUUAUAUUCCCAGAAUCACAUACUCAUGAGUUCUGAGAGUUUAUGAGAGAAUUAAGAGGUUAUACACAUACCACAGCUUGCCAAUCCAUUCCUGGAUUGAGGGGCAUUUAGGCUGUUUCCACAUUUUAAUGAUUGUAAAUUGGGCUACAAUAAACAGCCUAGUACAAGUAUUUUUUAUAAUAAAAGGGUUUUUUUUUCCUUCUGUAUAGAUGUCCAGUAAUGGGAUUGCAGGAUCAAACAGGAGGUCUACCUUGAGUUCUUUGAGGUUUCUCCAUACUUCCUUCCAAAAAGGUUGUAUUAGUUUGCAGUCCCACCAGCAGUGUAAAAGUGUUCCUUUCUCUCCACAUCCGCGCCAGCAUCUGCAGUUUUGAGAUUUUGUGAUAUAGGCCAUUCUCGCUGGGGUUAGAUGAUAUCUCAGGUUUUAAUUUGCAUUUCUCUGAUAAUUAGGGAUGAUGAGCAUUUUUUCAUGUGUUUGCUGGCCAUUCGUCUGUCUUAUUUAGAGCAGGUUCUAUUCAUCUCUCUUCCCCAUUGAUGUAUGGGAUUGUUGUUUUUUUUCUUGUGGAUUAAUUGAAGUUCUGUAUAGAUCCUAGUUACUAAGCUUUUGUCUGAUUCAAAAUAGGCAAAUAUCCUUUUCCAUCGAGUAGGUUGUCUAUUUGCUUUGGUUGUUGUCUCCUUGGCUGUACAGAAGCUUUUCAAUUUAAUUAAAUCCCAUUUGUUUAUUAUUGCUGUUGUUGCUGUUGCCAUGGCAGUCUUCUUCAUAAAGUCUUUCCCCAGGCUAAUAUCUUCCAUAUUUUUCCUAUUUUUUUCUUUGAGGAUUUUUAUUGUUUCAUGCCUUAAAUUUAAGUCCUUUAUCCAUCUGGAAUCAAUUUUUGUGAGUGGAGAAAGGUGCGGGUCCAGAUUCAGUCUUUUACAUAUGGAUAUCCAGUUCUCCCAGCACCAUUUAUUGAAUAAAGAGUCUUUUUCCCAGUGGACGUUCUUGUUAGGUUUAUCGAAGAUUAGGUGGCUGUAAGUUGCUGGUUUCAUUUCCUGGUUUUCUGUUCGAUUCCGAAUGUCUGUGUCUCCAUUUUUGUGCCAGUACCAUGCUGUCUUGACCACUAUGGCCUUGUAGUACAGCCUAAAAUCUGGUAUGGUGAUGCCCUCGGCUUUGUCCCCAUAUAGCUAAGAACUGCCUUAGCUAUAUGGGUUUUUUUCUGGUUCCAUACAAAACACAGAAUCAUUUAUUCCCAAGUCUUGAAAAUAGGAUGUUAGUAUCUUAAUAGGGAUGGCAUUGCUCUGGGAAGUAUAGACAUUUUAACAAUGUUGAUUCUUCCCAACCAUGAGCAUGGUAUAGUCUUCCAUUUGUUAAAGUCCUCUGCUAUUUCCUUUCUUAAGGUUUCAUAAUUUUCCUUAUAGAGACCCUUCACCUCUUUCGUUAGGUAUAUUCCUAAGUAUUUCAUUUUCUGAAAUAUUAUUCAGCUAUUUAAAAAAAAUGGAGAUUUUGCAGCAUUUGUACUAACCUGGAUGGAGGGUGGAACACAUUAUCCUUAGUGAAGCAUCACAGGAAUGGAGAAGCAUGAAUCCUAUGUAUUCGACUUUGAUAUGAGGACAAUUAAUGACAUGAUGGGGCAUGGGGGAAGGGGCGAGCAGAGAGAGAAAGAGGAAGGGGGUGAGGGUAAGGAAAAGAAAAUAGUGACUAAUUCUCACAUAAAUUGGAUUCGAUUUUGACCAAAGUACAUUACUUAAACAUUAAUUUUUACUUCAACUUGUUAAUAUGUUUAGGAUACAGGAUACUGCACCCUUAUUUAUAAGUGAAUUAUGUUUGUAAUUUCCCCUUUAUAAUAUAUUUUUUCUAUUUUAAUAUCAGGUGUAUCCAGAUUAAGUAGAAUGUUUUUGAAGUAUUUCUUUUUCUAUUGUCUAUAAGAUUUGGCAUGAUCUAUUUUUAAAACUUACCUUUUAUCUUUAUUUAUAAAUAUUAGUUGUCUAUUCUUUGAUACUUUGGGAAAAAAUAAUAAGAAGUAGUUAAUUGAUGACUCCAUACUGAACCUCAGAGUCAAAGCAUUCUAUAAUAGACAUACUCUUAUUUGACAAAGUGAAUAUUACUUUCUUUGCAUCACUAUUAUUAUUAUUGCUUAAUACUUCGUUGUAGCAAUCAUCUGAUUUCUUUUCUGAAUGUAUUUGUCUUUGUUCGUUCUUUGCGAGGUUUUUGUUUCUGGUCCCCAUCUUAAAUGUUGUUAUUGUUGUUAAAUUUUAAGCCUUUUUAAUUUCGUGAAGGCAAAAAGUGGAAGCCUAAUGAACACAUGUAUAUGUGAAAAUAAAAAAAAUAAUAAUAAAAAGAGAAAAGAAUUAAGAGGUUAAUUUUAGGCUGGGCAUGGUGGAUGAUGCCUGUUAUCCUAGCACUCUUGGGAGGCCAAAUGGGCUAAUUCUUUGAAUUCAGGAGUUUGAGACCAGCCUGAGCAAUAGCAAGACCCUGUCUCUACUAAAAAUAGAAAAAUUAGCUGGGUGUUGUGGUAGGCGCCUAGUCUCAGCUGCUUAGGAGGCUGAGGCAAGAGGAUCUCUUGAGCCCAAGAGUUUGAGGCUGCUGUGAGCUGUGACGCUACAGCACAGCAUAGAGUGAAAGAACGAAACUGUCUCAAAAUUAAAAAAAGAAAACAGUUAAUUUGCGGGGGGGGGGGGGAUGAAACUCAUGGCCGCCCUUAGAAUUGCCUCCAAGUGGGUGCUAAAUUUUGCUAUGCUCUUGUCUAGACCACUCUCCAUGGCAUUACCUGUCUUUUCUGGAUAGCAAUAAUACUUUAUUAACUAUUUGGAAACAUGCUUUAUGUUAUCCUACAAACAUUAAUACAAGUGACCCCAAAAUGAGCUAGGUUCACUCAGUAGUCCAGAGCUCCUUUGCCAAGACAACUGUUGGCCAUAUUUGUACCUAAGCACUUCUAGUUAACCUUCUAAAAUUGCUUUUUCAAAGGAUUUUUAUUCAAGGUGAAUUUUAACAAAAGUAAACCUAGUUUAUUGACAAGUUGAAUUUUUGAGGAAAAAAAUUCAUACCACAGUAAAUGUGGAGUAUAAUAGUAUGUUUUUUGAAAUAUUGGACUUUAAAGAAUGUUCUUUGCAAUACUGGCAGCUGAGUCCAGAUUUGCCUUUUGACUGUGGAAUAAUUUCUGAGAACUAUUUAGAUUAUACACCGAGAAUGGGCAGAGACUGUGACUUAUGUUUGGUUUUUUGUUUUUUUUUUUGAGACAGUCUCACUAUGUCACCCUCGGUAGAGUACCGUGGCAUCAUAAGUAACCUCAAACUAUUGGGCUCAAGCAAUUCUCUUGCCUCAGCCUCCCAAGUAGCUGGGACUAUAGGCGUCCGCCACAAGGCCUGGCUAUUUUUUUUUGUUUAGCAGGCCCUGGCCGGGUGUGAACCAACCAGCCCCAGAGCAUGUGGCCAGAGCCCCAACCACUGAGCUAUGGGUGCCCAGCCUGUGUUUUAUGCUUUUGUAUCUGUACACGGUGUCGCGCGAGGCCUCACUGAACAUGUUGAUUGGUUGUUAGACAAUAAAGAACUUGCUU